UUAAAUACCAUGAAUACAUAGAUGGAUGAAAAAGAAGUACAAUAAUAGCAUACCUUGCUGCGUUGAUAAGGCAUCUAAUUUAUAAAGGUAGAUAUAUUCAUUGUGUCAACCAUAUUAUGGCUAGCCUUCUCUUGGUUCCUUUCCAACCCAAAUUACUAAAGAAGUUUCAUAUAAAGGCAGCAUCAAACUCCAUUAGGAAUGAGAAAACUUCCUCAUUCAGUUUCAGAAGCAAAGCCAAUGUUCCUAUUUAUGAAUUGCCAGGGGCUUCCUUUGAUCAAUAUAUGGAUGACAAGCAGAGAGUUUUUAGAGCUGUGUUUUCUGAUAACAAAGGAUUAACUACACAGCUCAAUGAGGAAGUGUGGAGGAUUAAAAUGCCUCCCAUACAAUGCUUAUUCUUAAAUAUCAAGCCAACAGCAGAUGUCAGGUUAACAUUCAAGUCCAAUGGGGAAGAUUAUCCCCCUCACAUUCCUCAUCAUGUCACAAAAGUUCUUGAGCUUCACUUUAUAAGGUGGGAGCUACAGGGUCUGAAUACCUUUAACAAGAAUCCUUACCACAUUAGCCUAGAUGUUAAAGGUUCUCUAUACCCAGAAAGGAAGGGAAAAUAUAGCUGGCUUAAGAAUCAAAUGGAGAUGAAGAUAACCUUUUGUGUUUCUCCAGGAACAACUUUCAUUCCUGAAAAUAUAUUAGAGGAUGCCUUAGAGCUGGUUUUCAAAACAGUGUUGGAUGAAAUGAAGCAGGAAUUUCAUGGUAGAUUAUUAGAAGAUUAUAACAGGUUCAAGAGAAACAAAUCCAAGAAGAAUUCUGUAUAAACUUUGCUAUUCCAUUCUAAUAGCAAGAACAAAUCAAUUCUGAUUAACAAUUUAUCCACUGAUCCUGUUACCUCA